GGUCCCCUCCCCGGCCUCUCCUGACGCGCCUGCGCAGUGAGCGGCUGCUCUCUGCCGUUACCGCUAUGUGUGGGGCGUGUGUGGAAUAACGUUAUUGCUGAGCACCGUGAAAGGAACUGGGAGUCCGGGGGCGACGGCAGCGACGACGACUACGACGACGACGACGGGUUGACGGGGGAGGGGAGGACGGCGUGCGAGAGACUCACGGGACGCGACGCGCCCCGCCUCCCCCGUCCGGUCCCUCUCGCUAUGGUGAGGGGAUGACGUAGUCUUGCCAGAGACUUAGAAGCUGAGCAGAAAAUGAGCUUAACAUCUUGGUUUUUGGUGAGCAGUGGAGGCACCCGCCAUAGGCUGCCACGAGAAAUGAUUUUUGUUGGAAGAGAUGACUGUGAACUAAUGUUACAGUCACGCAGUGUGGAUAAACAACAUGCUGUAGUCAAUUAUGAUGCCUCUGCAGAUGAACACUUAGUAAAGGAUUUGGGUAGUCUAAAUGGGACUUUUGUGAAUGAUGUAAGGAUUCCAGAACAGACUUAUAUCACCUUGAAACUUGAGGAUAAACUAAGAUUUGGAUAUGAUACUAAUCUUUUUACUGUAGUCCGAGGUGAAAUGAGGGUCCCUGAGGAAGCCCUUAAGCAUGAGAAGUUUUCAAGUCAACUUCAGUUGUCCCAGAAAUCUUCAGAAGCAGAAUUAUCAAAAUCAGCAACCUCCAAAAAUGUAGAAUCAAAAGUGGCAGAUGCUGCAACAGAGGUGCAGCAUAAAGCUACAGAAACAUUAAAGUCUGAAGAGAAAUCCAUGGAUCUUUCUGCUAUGCCCCGUGGUACUCCAUUGUAUGGACAGCCAUCUUGGUGGGGUGAUGAUGAAGCUGAUGAAGAAAAUGCUUUCAAACAAGAUGGGAAACCUGAAGAAAAAAUCAAUGAUACCGGAGCUUCAGGAUGCAGCAUAAAUGCCAAACAAGUUGAGGAGCAAUCUGCAACUGCAAAUGAAGAAGUGCUUUAUCCUUUCUGUAGGGAACCAAGUUAUUUUGAAAUCCCUACAAAAGAAUUCCAGCAACCAUCACAAAUAACAGAGAGCACCAUUCAUGAAAUUCCCACAAAAGACAUACAAAGCUCCCAUGCAGCAGGUGCAGGGCAUGCUUCAUUUACCAUUGAAUUUGAUGAUAAUGCCCCGGGCAAAGUAACUAUUAGAGAUCAUGUGACAAAAUUUACUCCUGAUCAGCGCCAUAAGUCAAAGAAGUCCUCUCCUUCAGGAGCUCAAGAUCUUCCUGGAAUUCAGACUGGGAUGAUGGCACCAGAAAAUAAAGUUGCUGACUGGCUGGCACAGAAUAAUCCUCCUCGAAUGAUUUGGGAAGGAACAGAGGAGGACUCCAAAAGUAUUAAAAGUGAUGUUCCAGUUUACUUGAAAAGGUUGAAAGUAGGAAAUAAACAUGAUGAUGGCACACAGAGUGAUUCAGAAAAUGCUGGAGCACACAGGCAUUGUAGUAAGCGAGCAGUUCUUGAGGAACAUUUAAGGCGUCACCACACAGAACAGAAAAAACUACAUCAGAAGGCCCAGUCCACAGAAAAACAUCAAGAACAAGUUGUUGUAAGUCAAACUGCUUUUAUGAUUGAAUUCUUUGAAGACAAUCCCAGAAAAAGACGAUCAUAUUCCUUUACUCAAAGUGCAGGAGCCUUGUGUCAGGAAACUCCUUAUUCAACACCACAUGCAAAACUUGAGAAAGCAAAACCUACAUCAGCAGAUGCCAAAGUAGUUUCUUUUUCUUUACAGACUAGCUCUGCGCGACACAGAGCAGGGCAUGGCGUUCUACAUGGAAAACUAUUAAAACAGAAAUCAGAAGAGCCAUCAAUGUCAAUACCUUUCCUACAAACGUCAUUGUUAAGAAGUUCAGGCAGCCUUGGGCAUAGACCAAGCCAAGAGGUGGAUAAAAAAUUAAAAAUUCAGCCUGCUUCUGCUGCUUCUGAAAGGGACAAUGAUGAUGAUCAAAGUGACAAAGGCACCUACACCAUUGAACUGGAAAAUCCCAACAGUGAAGAAGUAGAAGCUCGGAAAAUGAUUGACAAGGUCUUUGGAGUAGAUGACGGUCAGGAUUAUAAUAGGCCUGUUAUCAAUGAAAACCAGAAAGAUUUAAUAAAAGAUUGGGCUCUGAAUUCUGCUGCAGUAGUAACAGAAGAAAAAAAAACACUGAUUCCAUCUGGAUUUCUUGAUUCUGAGGAAGGUACCACUUCAUCUGGAAAUAAGAGAUGGGUUUCACAGUGGGCUAGUUUAGCUGCUAAUCAUACAAGACAUGACCAAGAAGACAGGACGGUGGAGUUGUCUGCAUCUGCACCUAUAGAAAAUGAUACCGACAUCAGUGAGUCUGGAAUUUCUGUGAGAAGCACUGGAUCAACCACUUCCUUGACUAGCCAGGGGGAGAGAAAAAGAAGGACUCUUCCUCAGCUUCCAAAUGAAGAUAAGUCUACUGAAAGUAGCAGAGCAAAGGUUCUACCUUUGCGGUCAGAGAUAGGUGAGAAACAAGACACAGAACUUCAGGAAAAGGAAGCCCCAACACAAACAUCCCCAAAAGAACGGCAAGAUGCUGACAGAGUUCUAGGGAAAAUGAACAGAACUGUAAAUGGUCAGACUCUGAAAAGUGUUGGAGACACCAAAACCCUAUUUCAUCUGAACACUUGUGCUCCUGGGAAGGAGAAAAGUGAGACUGACAGAGAAGCCUCUUUGGUAAAGCAAGCAUUGGCCAAAAUUCAAGAACAGGAGCAAAAGGAUCAGGCACAGUGGACACCCACUAAAUUAGCUUCCUCAAAACAUGCUCCAGGUCAAGGAGAGAAGGGGAAGGAGGAACCCGUUAGACAAGGGACUCAUGUACUAGAAAAAGCCCUAGGCCAGCCUACAAAUAAAGGAGAAAGAGUAGUACAAAGUGAAGGUAAGAGAAGAAAGCCUGAAGAAAUUCUAAAAAGUCAAACUUCCAAAGGGCCAGGAGGAGACAAGAAAGAAUCUGCAAAGUCCUUAGUGAGACAGGGAAGCUUUACUAUUGAAAAACCUAGCACAAACAUACCUAUAGAACUUAUUCCUCACAUUAACAAACAAACUGCAUCUACUCCCCCUUCUUUUGCAUUAACAUCUGUAAGCAGCAGAAUACGAGAGAGAAGUGACUCGGUAGAUACUGAUUCUAGUAUGGAUACAACUCUCAUUUUAAAAGAUACAGAAGCAGUAAUGGCUUUUCUUGAAGCUAAGUUGAGAGAUGAGAACAAAACUGAUGAAGGCCCAGAUACUCCAAGUUAUAAUCGAGAUAAUUCUAUUUCGCCUGAAUCAGAUGUAGACACAGCUAGUACAAUCAGUUUGGUUACUGGAGACACAGAAAGAAAAACAACCCAAAAACGAAGAAGUUUGACUAGUCUUUAUAAAGAUAGAUGCUCCACAAGCUCGCCUUCCAAAGAUGUUGCAAAAUCAUCAUCUUCAAGUACUAGAGAAAAAGUUGAAAAGAAAACAAAAAGUCGUUCCACUGAUAUUGGGUCAAGAGCAGAAGGUCGUAAACUUGUUCAGUCAAGUGGAAGAAUAAGACAGCCUUCAGUCGAUUUAACAGAUGAUGAUCAAACCUCUAGUGUACCUCAUUCUGCUAUUUCUGAUAUUAUGUCAUCUGAUCAGGAAACUUACUCUAAUAAAUCUCAUGGAAGGGCUCCAUUUACCACAACAGAUGAACAUACACAUUCCAAACUAGAUGGCUCCAAAAUAACUAAAUCUAAAACCUCUCCUGUUGCAACUGGUUCAUCUAGUAAAUCAACUACUCUUCCAAGACCACGGCCUACCAGGACUUCUCUCUUACGAAGAGCACGACUUGGUGAAGCUUCAGACAGUGAACUUGCUGAUGCUGACAAAGCAUCUGUUGCUUCUGAGGUGUCCACAACCAGUUCUACAUCAAAACCUCCAACAGGAAGACGAAAUAUCUCAAGAAUUGACUUAUUGGCUCAACCUCGUAGAACAAGACUUGGUUCAUUAUCAGCCCGAAGUGACUCUGAAGCAACUAUAUCUAGAAGUAGUGCCUCUUCACGUACUCAAGAAUCCAUUGUUAGAAGUGGUGCAAGAUUAAACCCAUCUGAUAAAUUUUCUCCCAGAAUUAGAGCUAAUAGUAUUUCUCGACUCUCUGACUCCAAAAUCAGAAGUAUGACUUCAACACAUAGCUCUCCUUCAGUAAAUUCAAGAUGGAGGCGCUUUCCUACUGAUUAUGCUUCCACCUCAGAAGAUGAAUUUGGAUCAAACCGUAAUUCACCUAAACAUACCCGUCUGCGUACUUCUCCAGCCCUGAAAACCCCUCGAAUGCCGAGCACUGGCGCAGCCACGCACACUAGCUCUUCAUUCAAGCAUCGAAUAAAAGAACAGGAAGACUACAUUCGGGAUUGGACUGCUCACCGAGAAGAAAUAGCCAGGAUCAGCCAAGAUCUCGCUCUCAUUGCUCGAGAAAUCAAUGACGUAGCAGGAGAGAUCGACUCUGUAACUUCAUCGGGCACUGCCCCUAGUACCACAGUAAGCACUGCCGCCACCACCCCUGGUUCUGCCAUAGACACUAGAGAAGAGGUAGGAGAUCUUCAUGGAGAGAUGCAUAAGUUGGUUGAUCGUGUGUUUGAUGAAAGUCUCAACUUCCGAAAAAUUCCUCCAUUAGUUCAUUCUAAACCACCAGAAGGGAACAAUAGACCUCAAGUAACAGAGAAUCCAGAACAUUUAACAAUUACAAGGCGGAGAACUUGGAGCAGAGAUGAAGUUAUGGGAGACAAUUUAUUAUUGUCAUCAGUUUUUCAGUUCUCUCGAAAGAUAAGACAAUCUAUAGACAAGACAGCUGGAAAGAUCAGAAUAUUAUUUAAAGAUAAAGAUCGGAAUUGGGAAGAAAUAGAGACAAAGUUACGAGCUGAAAGUGAAGUUCCUAUUGUGAAAACUUCAAGCAUGGAGAUUUCUUCCAUCUUACAAGAGUUAAAAAGAGUUGAAAAGCAAUUACAAGUGAUCAAUGCUAUGAUUGACCCAGAUGGAACUUUGGAAGCUCUAAACAACUUGGGAUUUCCUAGUGCUGUCUUAACAGCCCAGCCAAAACAGAAAUCUAGUCCUGGGAAUAACCAUGAAGGCCUGGCUCAGACCUCACCCCUUUGCCAACCAGAAGCUAGGCCUCUUCGUCCCACUGACAUCUCAGUUUCAGCUGAAUUUGACAAUGUGGAAUCCGAGGCUGAUUUCAGUAUACAUUUCAAUAGAUUCAACCCAGAAGGGGAAGAAGAGGAUGUCACUGUACAUGAAUGACUUAUUCUUUAUUGUUUUUUAAAAUUACUUAAAUGUGGAAUGCUUAGGAAUAUUGAAAAGGGUCACAAUGUUGAUUUAUACAAAACAAAGUAGCUUGGUCAUCCACAAUAUGUUCACAGUUGUCUUUUUUAUUGGGAAUAUUUGGACUGUCUCAUUGGUCUCUUCAGAGCUAUUAAGAUAGCUAUCUGCACAAAGGAGGAAAAGCAGGUUCCUGGCAGCUUUGCCCUUAGUGAUUAUUGUAUGCUUUGCAAACAGAAAAUUUUAAACUGCAGCUUUCUCUUCUUAGAUAUUGGUUUUGGUUUUGUUUUUAUUUUUUUAAGACCUCAUGUGACCUGCAAGCAGACUUCCAUUCAAUAGAUCUGAAACUCCCAAGUUUCCUGUGCCAAGCUACCCUCUGAAAUGGACUUCUUUUCAGUUUGUACAGAUUUCUUAAACAGUUAUAUUUGUUUCUGAAUAUUAGGAUUUAUAUUAGGAUAAAAUACCUUUGGGUACAAUGACACAUUACUGUUCACAGUAAGACAGAUAACUAUAGUGCUUUCAUUCUUGUGUCCUGAACUUUUCCAACAGAUAUGUGAUUUAUAUAACUUGGUUGCUACGUAAAUUGUCCUGAGAUUUACAAAGUUUAACUAUUAUGUUUGCACUAAGAAUUUGCUGGGAGUGGUAGGUGGACUUAUCUAUAUAUCCAUAAGGACUACCAUUCUUUUUAUGUACAUAGAUAAUGCUGUAUUUGUUUUAACCCACAGUGUUUCACUCCACUUUCUGAAAACUCAAUCUGGCACUUUUUCUUUUUUUCUUUUUUAAAAAAUGAAAAUAGGAAGAUUUCAUCAUCCAUUUCAGUCCAGGUGGCUAUUGGAAUCAUAAAAACAAGUUUAAACAGAUAGGUGGAGUAUAUUUUUAAAGAGAAGAACAUGUAUAUUGGUGCAAAUAGACUCUCUGGUGUUACCAAGUUUCUGUGUGACAGUUUUUAAAAAUUUCUCUUGGAAUGAUCAUGAAGUAUAAAAUUCUUCUUUAGGAUUUGAAGAACCAAUAGUCAUAACUUAGCUGAUUGAUAGUCUCACAUAAAUAGCUUCUGUAUGUUUCCCUGUAGACACGAUAGUAAAUCCCUGUUUCUGCUCUAUACAUUUAUAAGAAUUUGGGAAGGCAACUACUAAUAUAAAACUUUUGGCUAAAACCACUGAAUAGAAAGUCUGUGAAAAUAUCCUAUAUAAACUCAUUUUCCUUUUGUCAUCCCAAUAAGAGGUAACAUUUGGGUAUGUUUAAAAAAAAAAAGUAAUUGACCUUGUGUUUCCAGAACACUAUAAUUUGGAGAAAUCUUAAUUCUGUUAAAUAUAACUAUAGUAGGCUUGAAUUUUCCCUUGAUUAUAUCAGUCUCUUACUCUAAAGGUUAAAAAUACAAUUUUUGCAGCUUUUAUGAAAUGGUCUUUAAUAUUUCAGCAAUAAUUCUAUACAAUAAUUGUUUAAGAAAAAUAUUCAGUCUGUACAUUUUAAAAUUUUACAGAAUAACUGAAGUCUUGUAAAGUUGGACCAGGUAAUAAAAAUGCAAAAAUCUUUUUUUGUAGCAAUGUUUAAAAAAAAAAACCUGUUGUAUAAUGUAUCUCAUAUUUUUUUUUAAUCUAAAAACAAAAUAGAAUAUUCACAUAAAGCUAAAUUCUCCACUCUAUCAAAGGAAGUCCAAAAUGGUUUUAGAAAAAAUGAAAGGAAGGAUAUAAAAAGUUCAAAAGAAUAAGUAAGAUGUUGAAACAGAGUUAGUCCACAUUAAAAAAAAAGAUUCAGCAAAAUAAUUACCAUCAUUUCUUCUUUUCUUCAAUGUUUGGGUACUGAAUUUAACUAUAUGGAAAUGGAAGGUAAGGAGUUAUUUAGAAAAAUAUUACUCUUUAGAAUUGUCUCAAGAUUUUUUUUCAAGAGUUUACACAUUUUUGUUUGAUGAUAAGCAUUUGACCUUUUACUAUGUUAUUAUUUUGUAUGAACACAUUAUUCUCCUUAUUUAUUUUUGUUACAUUUAUUACCUAUGUUAUUUUGUUAUGCAUUUACAAGCUCCAUUUUUAAAUAAAGUGUUUCUGGAACUUUA